GCAGUAUCACAAAACCUGACUCAUAGCCACCGCACCGGAGGAAAUCAGUUGUUGAGUUGAUUGGUUCUCAGGUAGAACCACGUUACCUGUUCUCGUGCUCCGCAUUGACACCGUUUUGUGAAUAUUUUGACGUUUUACAUCCUCGUCCAGUGUGUUGAACUUGUCUAUGUGCAAUAUUUGUUGUUUCUGUUCGGUUUUCUUGUGGAAUUUUCACCUGUGAAACUACUGUAUUCUUGCUGAUAGUCUUCAAGUUUAUUCAUCGUUAGAUACCUUGUCCUUAACGGGUUUUGAACAUGACGAUCCAGUAGCCCAGCAACGAUGCCAACAUUAUGGGAGUCAAGCUUCAGUUACUGCUAGGAUUACUUUUGUUGAGUUCAACAUGCCGCUCCGAAAGCAACAACACAGCCACCCAAGAUAUUUCUUCAGAGAAAUUGGAUAGCACAAAGAAUCUAAUAGAAAAAUUGCCAAAGACUGAUACCCAAACAAAUUUAGUUAGAAAAGAUACUCAAAAUGCUUCUGGUGAUAGUUCCAAAUACGCGAAGUAUCCUUUAGAGGAUGAUACUCUCAAAAACCAAACUCUUCUCCAAGAAGAAAGGAAUCAUGGCAGCGACAACGACGGAAAGGGAAGACAAGAUAAUUCCAGAGCGAUAGAUAUAAAUAAGUUCCCUCCUGCAGAUGUCCAAAAUAACGAAUACAGCGGAUCAGAUAAUCAGAAGUUCUUGGAUAAUUCAAUUCGUAAAACUUCUACCAAAGUUUUCUCAGAUUUUAACUUUCAGCUAACUACGCCGAGAACUAAAUAUUUCGAUACAAAAUAUGAAGAAGCUAGACAAAAACUUGAACAAGAAUACGAAGAGAAUAAUCCAGAACACUCUGACGAUCACCACAUGGAUAUCACUCAAGAAGUGGAAGAAGAUGACCGUGAACAUGAUCUCCACAUGGAUCGAUUAUUUGGUAGUGUCAGAAAUAACCCCAAUUCCUCUAUAGAUUACAAAGAAAAGACUAAGAUCUCUCGUAACAAUACCGUAGAUGAUAAUUCAGAGCACAAUGAAAUUAGAGUUGAGAAACAUCAAACGCUGAAUUUUGCUUCCGAGUACAAUGUUACAACGUCCGAUGAAGACGAUACAGGAAAGGGAGAUUCUUUUCAUGAAACAACGUCUCCAAAAGCCUUCCUUACUACAAGAAAAACUAUGGCAUUAACCAAGCCACCUACCACACAUAACAACCAUAUUCUUAGCAACAAAAUUGAAUCAGAAACCAUUAAGGCAAUAAAUUUGUUAACAACAGAAGAUCCAACUACAAAAAGACUGACAGACGAGAACGAUAUCGUCCCAAAAGAACAAAGUGUAGAAGAAAAUAAAAUAAUACCCAUAGAGGCUAACUAUUCGCAAAAAACAACUACAGAACAUGUAGUAAAUGUUACAAAUAGUAGAGAACAAAUUGAAACAAGUACGGGGAAAUUGGAGAAAGAACCUUCUGUAUACCGUGAGUCACCCACAACAGACAAUUACGAUCAAACUACAGUAAGUGAUGAUAUAAAUGUUAAAGAAGCAACCACUAUGGACGAUCAAGUUAGACUUCAAUCAACUACUGUUCAAAUUCCUGAAGAAACAUCAACAAUUGUUAAAGACACUACUACAGAUAACAUUGAAGAAACAACAUAUCGCAUGAGCGAACCAACAACAAAUAAAGGAAGAAUGGUAACAACAAAUGUUGAUCUGUAUUCAACAGAUGUUCCUGUUACAGAAACAACUACAUCAGAAACUGCCACUAAAGAAGCUAUUCUACCUUUUGAAACUACCUCAACACUCUUACCCAAAGACGAAACAACUACCAUUGUUCUUUCAACAGAAGUAGAUAUUGAUACUUCAACUGUUGUUGUCACAGAAGCGACAAAUAAAAUAGAAAUGGAAACAACUACUACAGAGACUAUAACCGAUGAACAAACUACUCAAGAAACCACUACUAAAGAUAUGGAAAGUACCGCAACUGAACAUGGCAAUAGAGUUUCAAAAUCGUUUAUUUUUGAAAACACUACUGUUUCGGAAAGUACGGAAUCAAGUGUAGAUGAUAAACUAUUUUCAACGACGAUACUCGAUGAAAGUAAAACAACAGAAAAACUUACUACUGGACAACAUGAAACCCUGGCUGAUACAAGUACUGAAAUGAAAACUGAGCCAGAAAGAACAACAGAAGUAUCCACUGAGUCAGUACAUGAAACAACUGUUUUCGAAGCAGUGACUACUGAAAAUUAUGUAAAAGUGAAAAGUGUGUUUACAGUGCCUACAGUGCAGACUACUACAACUGUGUUGCCAGAGAUCUCAAGCGCUAGUACGAAAUCCAUUUCGACUGCUUCAACUACCAGUUCACCUACGCCUCCAAGUGUUUUAACAGAGAUCUCAAGCAGCACCAGUUCAACACUAUUUUCAACCGCUUCUACUACUAGUCCAACUACAACUUCAACUACAAGAUCUUCAACUUCCAUCACGACUGGGUCUUAUACACCAACAGUCAAAUUUAGGAAUAACUCUAAUGAUUUGGGUGGAACCACUGUGACCACUUCUCCUCUUGUUACUUCCAGUACUGAAGACUACGUUUCUGAUUCAUCCCCUGCUCCUGAUGGUGAAAGCAGUGGCAGGGAUGAUAAUACGGGAAAAAUUGCAGCUAUUGUGAUAUCAACAGUGGGAGCUGUAUCGCUCAUAUUGUUGGCUGGACUUUUGUAUAUUAUGAGGAAGAGACAAAAACGGUUCAACUAUAAACAAAGAUGCAGACCAGUAAGCUUGGACCAUUACAAUGUGGAUAAUGUUUCCAGUUUUAAUAGCCAAAGAAGGAAAGCUGAAAGACAGUCGAAGAGAUCAUACGGAAAUCCAGCUUUCGAUGAUCCAGCUGGCGUUACCCAUCCAUUGAAUUUCCCAGCGUUGGCGAAAUUUGCUACAAACGCUGAUGAUAUCAAAGCAGAAUUCUCUGAAAUACCUCAAAUCACAGCGAAAAUAAGCGAACUACCGGAUGGAUGCGAGACCAAAAAUAGAUACGCCAACGUGAUCCCGCUUCCAGAGACAAGAGUCUACUUACAACCAAUCGAUGGAUAUCCUACCAGUGACUACAUCAAUGCCAAUUAUGUAACGGGUCCGAAGAACACAAAAGGUUACUAUAUAGCUUGCCAAGGCCCCUUGCAGAACACAGUAGAUGAUUUUUGGAGAAUGAUUUGGGAACAGCAAACCAAAGUUAUCCUAAUGAUCACACAUCUCUUCGAAAAUGGAGUGGAAAAAUGUGUGGAUUAUCUACCACCUUCAGAAGUUCUGGACUGUAACAGACUGUUCGGAGAUUUCCAAGUCACUUUAAAAAAACGGGAUGUUAAGGAUAAAUACAUAAUAUCCAAUCUCCAGUUAAAAAAUAUGGUUUCUAACAGUUGGAGAGAGGUUACCCAUUUUUGGUAUUUAGGUUGGCCAGAGAAAGGAGUACCAUCGGAAGAAAAUUCUCUGAUAGCUUUUCUUAUAGAAGCUAGAAGCUAUAUGAAAUCAUCAACUUUGGAUAAGACCGCUGCUGCUAAUGGCAACACCAACGGUCCACCAAAGCUUGAAGUGAAUCCUGUGGUGGUUCACUGUAGCCCAGGAACGGGCAGGACAGGAGUGGUGAUUGCAUGUGAUAUAGCAAUUAGGGAGUUUGAGCAGACGAGGCUUGUAGAUAUCCCCAAAAUAGUGUAUAGGAUAAGGAGGGACCGGGCUAGCGCUGUGCAGACCAAGGAACAGUAUACGUUUAUCUAUAGGGUGGUCAGUCUAUAUGCAACGAAGCUGACGGGUGGAGCCUUGGAGUCCUUGUAAUACUGUAAUGUAUAUGUUAAAGAAGAUAAUUUGAGUCAGUUUGAUCUCUACAUGUAAAAAUAUAAUUGGUUUAAGUUCAAAAAUGCAACUUUGUAUCUUGUUGAAGAAAGAUAUUUUGCUUGUACUGCUAGUACUAUGGCUUCCAUUUAUCGAUUUCUAGAAAAGUUAGGAAAAUCGUAUUAAUUAGGUUUAUGAUUUUUGUAGGGCAAUACUGGCGCAUAACGCAAAUGUCUCAGUCUUAAGAUUAGAGUAUAACACUGUGGUAUAACUCUGUGCAAUAAAUGUAACUUGCCUCAUUGUCCUCUUCUUCUUCUGGGCUGUUGUCUCUUUUCCUUAUUUCUUUUCUUAUCUUUUCUUUUUUAGUGACAAUUAACAUUUAUUAUUUUUGUAUUUUACUCUGGCAUUUUCUGCUUUUUGGUUUUCUUUCAAGUUUAAUUGGAGCUUCUUUUUUUUAAUGGGCUUUUUCUCUAUACAUUUCUCGAGUUCUUCUUUACAAGAUGUCGAAGUUAGCACAGCUGUUUUUCCUCUUCUUCUAUCCUCAUCAUCAAUUUUGUGUGGAUUGUGCAACUCUCCCCUAUAACUUCAGUUGAAUUGAAUGUGUGGAUAUGGGAUUGACCAUGAAACUUCCAAAUUCCAUAGAGACAUAACUGACUUAUAUUUCUUCUUGCUAUAAUUGUUAAUCUAUUUUUGUGAUACCUAGUGAAAAUUGUUAUUUGUAUAUUAUUGUAGAUUUAGUGAAUGUAUUUUGAUGGAAAUAUAUAAAACAUUGUAAAUAACAAGUAUUGUGUAUUUAGUGUACAUGUUCACAAAUAUUUUUGAGAUGAACUAUGUUUCUAUUAGGUACGUAAGUUUUUGUUAAAUAUUGAGCUCUCUAUUUCAAUUUAUAAAAAUAUCGAAAUAA